AUGGGGAUUAUUCUAUGGGUUUUGGCUUUAAUAUCUGUUGUCUACUCUCAACAAUGCUCCAGCGGGCUAACGACUUUAUAUAACAACAAUCAAAUUGUCACUUGCAAUCCGCAGAGCUCAACAUCAUGCAGCCAAUACCGUGCAGGGUAUUUCUGUCAAAUGGCGAGCACCGGAAACACUUUCAUUUGUUGUGGAAGUCAAUCUCAACAAUGCGGCACCAACUCCCCGCAAAUCGGCUCAAAUGGCCAGAUACAAACUUGCUCCACUGAUACAAAUUGUUUGAGCGGAUACUCUUGUACAUCUGGAGUUUGCUGCCCGUCUUCAAAUACCGGCACCGUUCAAAUCGGAGGCUACUGUACUGAUACUGUCCAAUGCUAUGGAGGUUCCUCUUGCUUCAACCAACAAUGUACCUGUCCCACCGGUACUACGAACACUAAUGGACAAUGCCUGAAGGGGAAUAGCAACGGAAAUUGCCAGAGCAACCAGGUCCUGGUUAACGGAAUCUGCUAUCAAACGUCGUAUCUCGGAGGCCAAUGCACCUUUUCACAGCAAUGCCCUACUAAUGGACAAUGCUCGAACAGCAUCUGCAGCUGUAUGAAUGGUUACCAAAACCUAAAUGGUCAGUGUACUUCUAAUGGAAAUAAUGGCUGCCAGAACGGACAGGUCCUGGUCAACGGAAUUUGCUACCAGACGUCCUAUUUGGGAGGGCAAUGUACCUUCUCGCAACAAUGCCCUACAAACGGACAAUGCUCGAAUAGUAUUUGCAGUUGUAUGAAUGGGUAUCAAAACCUUAACGGACAAUGCACUUCAAAUGGAAACAAUGGCUGCCAGAACGGACAGGUCUUGAUCAACGGAAUUUGCUACCAGACGUCCUAUUUGGGAGGCCAAUGUACCUUCUCGCAACAAUGCCCGACGAAUGGGCAAUGCUCGAAUAGCAUUUGUAGUUGUAUGUCGGGCUAUCUCAAUAACAACGGCCAAUGUACCUACAACGGCGGGAGCUCGAACUGUCAGUUGGGACAGGUUCUUGUCAAUGGCCAAUGCAUGUCGUACUCCUCUCCUGGAGCUUACUGUAUUUCAUCCACACAAUGUCUUGAAGGUGCUCAGUGCCAAAAUUCGGUCUGUGUUUGCCAGAGCGGGAAAACGCAGCUGAAUGGGUACUGUAUCGCCUACAGUGGAGGCCCAUGCUCUCAGACGCAGACCUAUUACAACGGUCAAUGCUACACCUAUUCACUCCCUGGAGCUACCUGUAAUGCCCCUACCCAAUGUGUCGGAGGAGCCAACUGUACUUCGAGCCUCUGCCAAUGCCAAAUGGGGUACACCUCGAUGUAUGGCUACUGUAUCGUGUCAAACAAUAACAAUGGAGUGACAUGCCCGAGCGGACAGGUUGCCAUCAGCGGUCAAUGCUACAAUAUGGUCUCCCUCGGGGGAUACUGUAUCUACACCCAGCAAUGCCAAUCCGGAACUUGCCAAAAUAAUAUUUGCACUAAUAAUGGGCAGAAUGGAUGUCAGACCGGGCAGGUGAUGAUCAACAACAUUUGCUACAAUCAAGUUCAACAAGGAGGAUAUUGUGUUUAUACCCAGCAGUGUUCUUGUCAAAACAAUAUCUGCCAGGGAAGUAGCAGUUCAUGCGGGGUCAACAAGGUCCUAAUCAAUAACCUCUGCUACGAUCAAGUAUCGAUUGGAAACAGCUGCUCCUUUACACAGCAGUGUCUAGGAGGCUCCACCUGCACAAACGGCUUCUGCCAAUGCCCUAUGAACUCGCAGAAUAUCAAUGGAUACUGUAAUUAUAACAAUGGGACUGGUUCUAACUGCCAAUCUUACCAGGUCUACGUUAACAACCAGUGCUAUUCGAAGAUGCCGAUCACUUCGACGUGUACGAUUACGCAGCAGUGCCCUACAGGUUCCGCAUGCACUAAUGGAAGGUGCCAAUGCAACUCCGGAACGACGUAUGAUGGUACUCAGUGCUCGACAGGGAUUAUGACUUGCGGAACUGGUUAUGUCUCGUACUCCGGACAAUGCCGUGCCCUCCGUUCGCUUGGGCAAAGCUGCUCGGUGAACCAGGAGUGUCUAGCGUUUGCGCAGUGCCAAAACUCAAUGUGCAACUGCGCCACCGGCAGCCAAUUGGACACCAACCAAGUUUGCAGGGCGCAAUCGCAGAACAGCCAAUGCGGCACCAACGCCGUUUUGAUCAAUAAUCAAUGCUACCCGACAGCAUAUGUUGGCGGGAGCUGCCAGUUUACACAGCAAUGCCUCGGCAACUCGCAAUGUAGCAACUUCCUCUGCCAAUGCCCGAGCGGGACUACAAACUCCGGCGGAACGUGCACUAAUGGAGGCUCAAGUGGCCAGUAUACCUGCUCGAAAACGAACUAUUACGCUCCACUCCAAAAUGGGCAACCCAUCAAUUGUCUAUUCAAUUAUUGCCCAGAUCAGUAUAACAGCAUCUGCGAGUAUAAUUACCAGGUGCAAUAUUACAUCUGCUGCACCAGCUCCUCCAGCUCCGGCAAA